UGAGGCCGAAAUUUAUUCGCGAGGAAGUCGUACGUUGUGGAUUCUGGACACGGACAUGGCAUCACGAGUGUUAUCAUGUGCAGCAGCAACCAUGGCGGUGAUCAGUCCCCCGAAGCUCAGUGGGUAUGAUUAUUCUAGAACUUCGUACCCUUCACUACUGUCUUCCUCUUCAGUAGCAGCAGCUAAGGUUACGGUUCGAACUGGGUCGUUAAAGUGCAAGGCUCUGGGAGAGAGCUCCUCUGAUCGGACGGUUUAUCAGGGAAUUUACAGCCCUUGGACGGUUGAUCCCUCUGACGUUAGAGAGGUUAUUUUAUACAGGUCAGGAUUGGUGACUGCUGCUGUGUCAUUUGUAGUUGCUGCCUCAGCUGCACUUUUGCCUGAUGACUCUGUGUUAAGUGAUAUAAUUAAGCAAAAUCUUAAUCUUUUUUAUACGAUUGGGGCCAGUGGGUUGGGUUUGUCAUUAUUUUUGAUUCACAUCUAUGUUACUGAGAUCAAGCGUACUCUUCAAGCACUAUGGGCUCUCGGUGUUGUUGGAUCUUUGGCAACUUACACAUUCCUUGCUCUACCAGCUGGUGAAAACUUAAUACAAUAUGUCAUCCAUAACCCCUCAGCUGUCUGGUUUAUUGGUCCUCUCUUUGCAUCACUGACAGGACUUGUCUUCAAAGAAGGCCUCUGCUAUGGAAAGCUGGAAGCUGGAGUUCUCACAUUUAUUAUACCAACACUUCUUCUUGGGCACCUGACUGGUUUGAUGGAUGAUGGAGUAAAACUUACUCUGCUAGGUUCAUGGAUGGCCCUUUUUGUGAUAUUUGCCGGAAGGAAGUUUACCCAGCCAAUUAAGGAUGACAUUGGUGACAAAUCUGUUUUCAUGUUCAAUUCUCUGCCGGAAGAUGAGAAGAAAGUCUUGCUUGAGAAACUUGAGCAACAAAAGUUCAGUUAGCAACUUAACUAGGAUGAGAUGUGCGCCAAAAAAAAAAAAAAAAUACACCUUGAUUUAGACAGGAGGUUGUAUGAAUUGGAGAGAGGUUUUUGAGGUAGGUAAUGUUAUGUAAAUUCUAUACAACACCCAUAACAUUAAUCUAAACGCAUGAAGAAUGUAAAAAAUAUCUUGCUUGCAAUUAGAAUGUCUUUUUCUUUUCUUUUUUC